GUGGCACCAGCGGGAUGCUGCUCCAGCUGAGCGCCGAGUUUGAUCUCCAGAGCGAUGUGGUCCCGUGGCUCUUGGCGCAAGGUCCGGCAGCGGCUCUAGACACUUUUGAGAAGAGUGCAGCAACACCGUAUGUAGUAAAUGUUGAAAGAAAUGGAAAAAUUAUUUAUACCUGGAAGGGAAGUGGGAGAAAUACCUGCAUUGGAUUAUAUGAUCCUUUUAAUAAACAAAAUGAGCAUCUGUAUACCUUUGAAAAAGAUCUACACAUAAUCAGUUGUUCGAUCAACAAUGAAAAGACAUUACUAGCAGUCAGUUUUCUUCAGUCAACAAAGGAAGAAAGAGUAAAUCAACUACUUCAGCCAGUAUCUAAGUGUUUGACCUUGCUCAUUGAAAUUCACCCAGUUAAUAAUGUAAGAGUCCUAAAGGCUGUGGAUACCUGUAUCAGAGUACAGUUUCUCUAUCCAGUUGCAGACAGAAAUCCUUUUCCAGAAAGCCAGCUCUUACUAAUUUCAGAAGAUAAAUAUAUUGAACAAUUUCACAUUCAUGUUGUCACAGAAGAUCACCACAAAGUGGUGAUUCAAAACUCAGGCCAGCUCCCAAGAGACAGAGUUGCAGAUGAUCUCAUUUGGGCACAAUGGGAUAUGACAGAACAAAGACUCUUCUACAUUGUUCCAAAGGAAUCAAGGAAUAUCUUAAAAUGUGUCCAGUUUUACCCUGAUGAAAACUUUAAUUUAAUACUUGAAGCAUCCCUGGACAUCUCUUUAAGAGACAUAGGAUUAAAAUUUGUGAAUUUUGGAUAUGAUUACUCUCAAGACCAAGAGAUGGAACCUAGAUCUCUGAAUCUGCAAGUUUUUACCAGUAAAACAGGAAGUUUUUGUCUGUGUUGUAGUCAGGCUCCUGAUAUUCCGAAGGAGGUCACAUACUCAGUUUCUUUUUUACAUAAAGGUUACAGCAAAACCUUUACAGUUGCUCUACAAAAAACAGAUUACCCACAAGUGAAGGAAGUAGCUUUUUUGAAUCUUGACUAUUACGUGGCUGUUUAUUUGCCUGGCCACUUUCUGCACCUCCUCAAUACUCAACAUCCUGACCUGAUGUGCUAUAAUUUGUUUCUGACAGGUGAGGAUGCGAGAAUCAACAUGCUGCACAAAAGUUCCAUCCAGUCCCCGUUCAAGUCAGCUGUCUGGGAUUGCUGCUCAGGAAGAAUGUUUACUGUAAGAAUAAAUGAGUGUUCCUUGAUGCAAUUCCUUUGGAACAGUAAACUGGACAGUGAUAGACUGGCAGCGCUGCACUGUGCUCUUCUACAUGUCAGAAAUACAACAGAUUUGGAAAUGCAGAUUAUUCAGUGGAUUUCUGAGAACCUGUCAGCAUGUUCUACAUUUGACCCCUUACAGGAAUUGAUCAUUGCUUCCUUAUACUGGGCAAUGUGUCCAGAGACUAGCAAGCUGGAUAAACUUUUGCCAUAUACAUCUCUGCUGUACUGGAAUGGGAUUAUCCCUGGAAUAACAUGCAUAACGGACAUUAUUUCUUUACCUGAAUUAAAGGUUCAAAAUUGUAAAGGCUUCUGGGAAAAGCUAAACUUAAACCUGGAGUGUGUGAAAUACGCUGAGCCACACUUGCAUUACAACAACAAUGUGCUCAGGAGAGAAUGGUAUAAGCUACUUUCAGAAGAGAAAGCCGAGGAAAGAAGAACCACAACAUAUUUGAGGAAUAUUUUUGAGAAUGCAAAAAAGGUGCUUUCCAAUCUUGCUGAAUGGAACUUGGAGGAAAGGCUAGUUCCUCUUUUUCAAGAGGAAGACUACCCGCAGCGAUUAUUAAUCGGACUAAUGGUUGCUCAGUUGAAAGAUCAUCUUAUGAGGCAUCUACAAUAUGUUGGAAAAAUGAAGGUUGACCAGAUCGUUCUGGACUAUGUUUCAAAACUGCUGGAUCUGAUCUGUCGGAUAAUGGAAGCUGUUUGGAGGAAAUACAGUCUUCAGUCCUGUGUUCUCUGCUUGGACGAGCGAGGAAGCGCGGCAGAGUUUGCAGCUUUCCACAUCAUGAGUCGGAUUCUAGAAGCUGCCAAUGGAAUGUGUAUACCCCUGCCCCCUGGUUUUCAUACUUUGCACAUGGGGCUUGGAGUUAGAUGUCUGCCUUUGCAUACCCUGCUGCAUUACAUUGAUAAUGGGGUGUUACAGCUGACUGAGACAUGCGCUAUAAAACUUUUGAAAGAUCUGGACAACACUGAGAAGAAUGAAAAGCUAAAAUUUAGUAUCUUUACAAGGCUUCCUGAGGCAAUUGGUCACAAGGUCAGUCAGCUGUGGAAUCAUCCUGUCAACUCUAAUUUUAUUGCAAGGAACUCUGUUAAACUUUUGCUUGAUAAACUUAGGAAGAGACAGCAUAACAGACCAGUGGUGGACAGACUGUCUGUCCAUGUAGAGUUUCUGCCACUUAACUACUUAGUUGAUAUGCUGGCAGAGGUAGAGGAUCAAGGUCUGAAUCCAUUUGAGGAAGAAGACAAUGUGAAUGCAAAAUUCGUAGAGGAAACAGCACUGAAACACACCAUGAUGCUUUUAGGCCUGUAGUACUGCUAAAAUAUAUUGGGUUACUUCAAAAAGCAUGUCAGUCUUCCUACGUAUAUCACUAUUUCAACAAGCAUAUUUGCAACUAAAAUUCCAGUGUUUAAUACUUCUCAAAAAUUGUUAAUAUUUCUAAAACAAAUGUCAUAUUAAAGGCUCCCAGUUUUCGGUUGCAACCAUUAACUAGUAAAAGGCUGCCCAAAAUAACAUAUGCUCCACUCUACUCAUGGAUGUAUUGAGGAGGGACUAGACUGAAAUUGAAGACUUGCUAGUAAAUACAAGGAAGAUAAAGGAUUGGAGCUGGGGGGAAAAUAUAUAUCUGAUACAGACCCUGCUCUCCAGCUAAAUAUGUUUUUAUUAUUCAGUUUUACACUGUGGAAUGGCUGAACAGGAGUAGGUGUAGAAAGUUUCAGAAUAUGGUGGGAAAAGUUUCUUUAGAAUUUUAUUUUUAUUCUAAUACUACUCUUACAGGCAAGACAUUUCUUAAAAAAGAACAGUCCAAUUACAUUGCGAAAUAAUGAGAAAUUGGCAGCUGUUAUUGCACUGAUGUAUAAAGGAUUUCUUUGAGAUUGCGUAGUAUAGGCUAGAGGCAACAAAUGCGGAGUAACUCUUUGUAUAUAAUGUAUUAAUAAAGAUGUAUAAAUUCCUCAUACAGCCGGUACAUCUCUUUACAGUACUGCCCCCAUGCCUUUGGAGUUGGGUUUUAAAAUAUUUGCUCUCGCUGUAAUGUGUAUAAGAAUCUUUCCUGAUGUUUAUAAUGUACUGUACAAUACAGCAGGAGAAGAAAGCUUCUUUGGAAACUUAUCGUUACAGUGGCUUUGACGAAUUGUAUUUAAUUCUGCCCCUAUGACUUUAAAUGUUUUUAGAUCAAGUGUUAGAUUUUUUCCCUUCAGGUCCCAGCGAUAUGAUACAGAACUGACCUACCCCAUUUAUUUUUUUAGCUGUGAGCUAUAACAGCAAUUUUUUAAAAAGUAGUGUUUUGGUACCAAACAGGGAAAAUUUGUGAACUUCAGACAUGCUGAAUUAGCAUGGAACAGAUGUACUUCCAGUUACUGGGUAAGAAAGUGUGCCAAAGUUUCAGAAGUAGUAAACUAGAAUGAAUUUGAUGUUACUUUUUUCUUUUUAAUUCCAGUAUGUUUCUCAAGCUCUCUGUAUAACUACCUCUGUUAUCUUUUCUCAGCAUAGUUUCAAAUAGGGGAGUAUGUUCCCAAACUUGUGUACCUAUUUUGUGGUGCUGAAUGAGAGAGAUUCCACUCCCAGAAACAGGGCCCUUCUUACACUUUACUUCUCAGUAUGCAAGAGCAUUCACCCUUUCUUCUCCUCUUGCUCCUUCUCAAUAAUGGGACUUGUUCCCUCUACUACGGUUGCCAUCAGUGAUAAAGGAGGAUUAGCUUUCUCACUGGUCUGUAGUGAGAGAAAGGGCAUUUUUUUUAUUUAAACAGACAUGCCUGACAAUUAUCUUCAGUCCAAACUGCUCCCCAUAUUGAUUUAUUUGUAUAAUGAAUAAGGUCAUAGUUCAAUUAUGUUAAUAUUAAAAAGAAAAGCUACAUCAUCUUCUCUUGUUUAUUGUACCUGUUUGUACUUUAUAAGCAUUUAUUAACAAGUUAAAAACCAAUUUUGAUUAUUGUUCACUCCUCUUAACAUUUCAAAACAGUGCUAUGUUUUGCAUACUGAACCCCCAUUAGCUACAGGGACUAUUUAACUAUACUACCUUCUUUAAAAAUACUUUGUUUACAGUGUGAAUAUUUUGGCAAACUGCUAGCAAACAUUUAAAAACAUUUACAAUAUUAAAAGCCGUUGGCUUUGCAUAUUCAGUUGCUACUACUGGACUUAUGAU